CUUGAAGAAGGGGCGGGAGGCGGCGGCUGAGGCGCUGUCAUGGAGUUAGCGCAGCAAGCGCGGGAACUGGGCUGCUGGGCGGCGGAAGAGAUGGAGGUGCCCGUGGCCGCCCGGGCCCCGGAGUCGGCGCUGCGCAGGCUGUGUCUGGGCCAGGGGGCCGAUAUCUGGGCCUACGUCUUGCGGCAUGUGCACAGCCAGAGGAAUGUCAAGAAGAUCCGGGGAAACCUGCUCUGGUAUGGCCACCAGGACAGUCCAGAGGCCCGUCGGAAGUUGAAGCUGGAAGCUGCUGUUGCCCACCUGCGGGCAGAGAUCCUGGAGUUAGACCAGAGCCUGGAGCUGAUGGAGCAAGAGACUGAGGCUCAGGACAUGGCCAUGGAGCAGGCCCUACAGAGCAUGCAAGACACCCAGCGUCGUGCUCUCCUCCUCCGGGCCCAAGCUGGGGCCAUGCGAAGACAGCAGCGUGGACUCCAAGGUCCCAUGCAGCAGCUGCAGAAUCAGCUCAAGCAUUUGCAGGACAUAGAGAGGAAGGCCAAAAUGGAUAUAAACUUUGGACCCUUGACAUCAACAGCCCUGAGCCUGGAGCCUGUGGUCCUGGGCGAUGUCCGAACAGCCUGCAGCCUCCGGACCCAGUUCCUGCAGAAGCUCCUGAUGCCUCGGGCCAAGGGAGGCAGCAUUCUAACCCCUCGAGAUGAUCUCUUUGGAACUUCCUACCAGCAGUGGCUUAGCUCAGUGGAGACACUGCUGACAAACCACCCUCCUGGCCACGUCCUGGCUGCCUUGGAACAUCUGGCUGCAGAGCGGGAGGCAGAGAUCCAGUCCCUGUGCACCGUGGAUGAGCUCCAAGAUACAGAGAUAGCCAGGGUCCAGGCAAGGGGACAGGUCUCCUCUCUCUGCAACUCAGCCCCUAUUCUCAGCUCCCAGGCCCCAGACCAGCCCAACUCCAGCCAGGCCCUGCCGUCCAUGGUGCAUCUCAUCCAGGAGGGCUGGCAGUCUGUGGCUGCGCUGGUCACCCAGCGGGGCCCCCUCCUGAAGGACCAUCAAAUCCUGACCCAGCACCUCCAGGGCCUGAUGGAGGAGAUGGAGAGAUGUACCGUGGGAUCCAGCGAGAGGCAGGCAUUGGUGCUGGGGCUCCAGAGCUCUGCCCUGUGGGCAGAACUCAAGGCCCUGCAUGCCAUGAGCCGGGAACUGGAGGAGGCUGCUGGGCAGAGGCAGCUUCUGCUCCAGGAGCUACAGGCCAAACAGCAGCGGAUCCUGCACUGGCGCCAGCUGAUGGCGGAGACACAGGAGCAGGUCCGCCUGCUCAUCAAGGGCAACUCAGCCAGCAAGACGAGCCUGUGCCGGAGCCCUGGGGAGGUGCUAGCUUUGGUUCGGCAAAAAGUGGUCCCCACAUCUGAGAUGGUGGCACCACAGAGCCAAGAGCUGCUUCGGUGUCUAGAGGAGGAAGCCCAGCAUCUGCCCCAUCUUCUGCUGGGCACCCUGCUGCGGCACAGCCCUGGAGGGUUGCAGCCCCUCCCUACGGUCCUUCCAUCCAUCCACCAGCUGCAUCCUGCAUCCCCAAGAGGCUCCAGCCUCAUAGUGUUGAGCCACACUCUGGGGCUGCCUGCAGGGAAGGCUCCGGAGCUGCUCCUCCCGAAGGCUGCCUCUCUUCGCCGGGACCAUCUGUUCCUCCAAGACCAGCGAAGUCUCCGAUGCUCGUAUCUGCUCCACAUGAAGACCAGCCUGCCGCCAGGACCAUCCACCCAGGAGCUCCUGCAGAUCCAGGCAGUCCAGGAAAAGGAGCAGAAAGAGAACCUGGGGCGGGCUCUGAAGUGCCUGGAGAACCUGCUGAAACAAGCACUGAAGCGAAUCCCCGAGCUGCAGGGAGUUGUAGGGGACUGGUGGGAGCAGCCGGGACAAGCCGCCCUCUCCGGGGAACUCUGCCAAGGCCUGUCCCUGCCCCAGUGGCAGCUGCGCUGGAUCCAGGCCCAAGGUGCCCUGCAGCAGCUGUGCAGAUGAAGAGGUGGCUCAAAAAGUUCAGAGCUUCACAUUUGUUCACCCCAACACUUCACUUCCCUUAAUAAGACUUUUGGAAGAAAGCAUUGCCUGGAUGCAUCAGCCCAUUGUCUCUACCCUCACCUGCUGUCCUCCUUCACAGACUGUUCUGUUUUUCCUCUCAGUUGCCUUGCCACUGUCCUAUCAUCCCACUAAAGGCAAGAGAAUGCGGUACUGUGGGCCACACCCUACCUGAAACUCUCCUCGUCACUUUUACCCUCAGCAAAAAGUAACCAAGCAAUGGCUCUAAAUACUGAGGAUCCAGCACUGAAAAAAUGGACAGAAGUCCCAGCCUUCAGGAAGUUGUCAUUCUAGGACAGGAGAACAGACCACUGACAAAAUAAGUAAGCAAAAUAUUUAGUAUGUGGAAGAACUGCUGUGGAGAAAAAGCGGUUGUAGUGGUGUGAUUUUUAAAUAGAGGGCUACACAGCAAAGGUGACAGUCUAUAAAGGUAGAGAGAGAAGGAAGCACACGGGUAUCUGAGGAAGGCUUGCAGAGGGGAAGACUACAGCACAUGCAAAGGCCCUGAGUUCAGAUGUGUUGAUGUGAGGGCUGAGGCAGUGCAGCUGCUGGAAGAGGGGAAGGUUUAAGAGAUGACAUUGCCUUCUAGUUUUAUACAAUUUCUUUUGUAAAUAAAUUUUAAAUCUGAGCCAUUUGGAAUUUAUCCAAAUGGAUUCAAUUUUGUCUUAUUUUAAAUAUAUCUCACUAGCACUUAUUAAAAUUCUCAUUCAGAGCAGUGAUUGCCUCUGAAGGAGGGCUGGGUGGCAGGGAUCAACCAAGGAGGAGACAAACUUUCUCGAGUUGGGAAUAUGUUGUACGUUGAAGGUGGUGGGGUUACACAGGUGUAUAGGUUUUUCAGAACUAAUCUAGCUGUACUGAUUAGAUCGAUGCAUUUCACUGUGAAUUAUCUUCAACUUAUAAAGUAAAACUUUACCUACCUAAACUUUAUAAAGUAGUUUUAGGUGAUUUGAGAUGCCACCUUUUCAUACACUAAAUUUCCAUGGUUAAUUUGGCUGCAUCUGUGUUCUCUCCAAGUCCAUUGUCUGUCUGACUCUUUGGUGCCAUCCCCACAGUGUUUUAAUUAUAAAGGCUGUGUAAUACGUCUUAGUACCUGAAAUGGCUGAUUGCCACAUUGCUCUUAUUUUUCAAUGUGUCCUGUCUCUUGCUAUGUUUUUCUCUCAAAUGAAGUGAACUUUAUACCCAAUUUGCCUGGUUCCAGAAGAAAUACAAACAUAGAUGGGGGUUUUAUUGGGGUUGCAGUUAGUUUACAAAUUAGAGAUAUUUGACAUCUUUGAGAUUUUAAACCUGAUUUUCCACCUCCCUUCCCAUAACUCCUCUCUUGGCCUCCAGAGCA